AUCGCUGUCAGCUCUGCAGUCCUCCUCCUAGUUGCUCAAAUCUCCCUACAGAAGUUUGGACGUGCGCAGGGGACCCUGGCUCAAAUAACCAUGACAACCGCCUGACCCAACGCGCUCUUCCUCUCCGCCCUCCUCCGAGGGGGACGCGUUGGCAGUGUUGCCCAAGGUGUCCCUGGAGCAGCUGGCGUUGCUUCUGCUGGGGGAGCCACUCGGCAGCCCGGCUGUGUGGGACUGAGGCAGCAUCCAUUUGCCUUGAAGAGCUAUGAUGGCCGUCAACAAGGGCCCAGUCUUGCUGGACGGAGACCUCCCCGAGCAGGAGAGCGCGUUGCAGCGGGUCCUGCAGCUUCCGGUGGUGAGUGGCACCUGUGAGUGUUUCCAGAAGACCUACGCCAGCACCAAGGAAGCUCACCCGCUGGUGGCCUCUGUCUGCAAUGCCUACGAGAAGGGCGUGCAGGGCGCCAGCAGCCUGGCGGCCUGGAGCAUGGAGCCGGUGGUCCGCAGGCUCUCCACCCAGUUCAUAGCUGCCAACGAGCUGGCCUGCCGAGGCCUGGACCACCUGGAGGAGAAGAUCCCAGCCCUCCAGUACCCUCCUGAAAAGAUUGCCUCUGAGCUGAAGGACACCAUCUCUACCCGCCUUCGCAGUGCCAGGAACAGCAUCAGCGUGCCCAUCGCCAGCACUUCAGACAAGGUCCUGGGGGCCGCUCUGGCCAGCUGUGAGCUUGCCUGGGGGGUAGCCAAAGACACUGCCGAGUAUGCCGCCAACACCCGAGCUGGCCGGCUGGCCUCUGGAGGGGCCGACUUAGCCCUGGGUGGUGUUGAGAAGAUGGUAGACUUUCUCCUCCCUUCAGCCAAGGAAGAGUCAGCGCCUGCUCCAGGACACCAGCAGACCCAGAAGCCCCCCAAAGCCAAGCCAAGCCUCGUGCACAGGGUUGGGGCCCUGGCCAACACCCUCUCUCGGCACACCUUCCAGACCACAGCCCGGGUGCUGAAGCAGGGCCACUCCCUGGCCAUGUGGAUCCCAGGUGUGGCACCCCUGAGCAGUCUGGCCCAGUGGGGUGCAUCGGCCGCCAUGCAGGUGGUGUCGCGGCGGCGGAGUGAGGUGCGCGUGCCCUGGCUGCACAACCUCGCCGCCGCCCAGGACGAGGACCACGACGACCGGACGGACACGGAGGGAGAGGAGACGGAGGAGGAGGAGGAAUCGGACAUGGAGGAGAACCAGCUCAACGAGGUGGCAGCCCUGUCCAGCGCGCAAGGCCUCCUGGGCGGCGUGGCCCACACGCUGCAGAAGGCGGUCCAGAGCACCAUCUCCGUCGUUACGUGGGCGCCUGCGGCGGUGCUGGGCUCGGCAGCGAGGAUGCUUGGCCUCGCCCCGGCCAGCGCUGUCUCCUCCACCAAGGGGAGGGCCAUGUCCCUGUCAGAUGCCCUGAAGGGCGUCACUGACAACGUGGUCGACACGGUGGUCCACUACGUGCCGCUCCCCAGGCUGUCCCUGAUGGAGCCCGAGAGCGAAUUCCGGGACAUUGAAGAGGUGGUGCGCCAGGAGGCGGAGCGCAGGGCGUCUGGGGUGCCGCCCGUGGGCCCGGAGCCCGCGCUGCGUCCUUCGCAGCCCCGCGGCAGCCUGCGGCCCGCGCGCAGCCCCGGGGCGCCCCCCAGCCCGGCGCCGGAGGACAGGGUGGACGGGCCCCCCGCGCUGCGCCCGGCCUUCCCGGCGGUGGCCCGCGAGAAGCCGAGGCGCAGGGUCAGCGACAGCUUCUUCCGGCCCAGCGUCAUGGAGCCCAUCCUGGGCCGUGCGCAGUACAGCCAACUGCGCAAGAAGAGCUGAGCCCCGCGCCUCUGCCCGGCCGCCGCCGCCCCGAGGGCGAGGCCUGGACCCAUUCUCCGCAAAGAAACAGAGCCCGCCCCUCCGAGGGAGCGGUGACCUCUUCCAAGCUGUCCCCUGGGAACCCGAGCCGCGUUCCCGCGGCGCCCCCGAGGCACAUAUUAUCUUUCUAGCACCGUUUUCGGGCUUAGCCGUCAGAACCUCUUUUUAAGAAGCGUCAGAGCAGCAGCUUGCUUUGAGUCUCUGCCUUGUUGUUUUGUUCUUUUAACCAAAGAAUUAAUUGCCUGACUUGAUCUCUCGCUUCUUUAACCAAACAUGUGGCCAAAUGACAUCUGAAUGUUUCCCAAAAUUAGAGCCAUCCUCUGUCGGCAGAGAUUAAGCAGGAGUCUCUGACAUAUGCUUAAGGCCCGAGCUCAGCGAUUCCUGUGAGUAUCCAGGCUCAGCAGACUACUUUGAAGGGCGCGACAAUGAGGUGCAAAAGCUGUUUUAUGUUUAUAUAAAUAUGAGCCCCCCUUUCCGAAUACCGGGUACUUUUCUCUGGUUAAGUCCGGGCCUGGGCUCUGUAGCGCCACCUCCUGGCUCACAUCCACACUGCCGUUUGCAUCCUUCUGGCCUUCCAUCUGUACGUUCACUCUUCCGCCGUCUUUUGAAUGCCGGCGCCCCCAGUGUCGGGGGACGACGAUGGUGGCCCUUCACCUUAUAAAGUCACAGCUACAUAGACACCUGUAUGGACUCUGUAAUAGCCACACUUCAUUCCAAGCCCUAUUUCUGAAAAUGUCAAUAUUUGGUAAAUAUAGAGAAUGCAUAAGUACAA